AUGGCUAGCUUCGCGCUGCAGUUUCACAUGUUUUCCGGGUACUGCAGCUUAGACGUGAAUCUAAUGCUAUUCCUUUUGUCCUCUUUUUAUACCGCUGAAUAUCUCGACGCGUCCAACGGGCUUGAGCAGUGCCUUCAGAUACAAAUGCCCUACACACUGGGCAGGCUAUGCUCGGAGACCUUCAAGCGCAAAGAAGACGUUUGCGCUAUCCAAGUGAGCGCUCUCAUCCGUCGAAAUUCCUCGAGCCUCCUUGGAAUUUCAAUCCUGCAAGUCUGCUUAUGCGGAGACCUCCCGGUCCUUCAUUGUGAUACGAUCGCGGCCAACAUGAACUCGCUUGCUAGCACAGACUUCCUCAUGGCGCAUAGCUAUUUUACCACCCAGUCGUCCAUGCAUGUUCCACCCUUUCGUGAGACUCAUAUGAACUCGGCUACUAAAGGGACACAGCUUGCAAUAGCCGAGGGCAGGAAAUUGUUUGCGUUCCCCGUCGACCUUACUCAGUGGGUACCGGACGGUCUGAAACGUCACAUUGAGGCACGCUUCGAGCGCGUCAAGCUACUGGCUGCGGCGCUCGGCUUUGGGAUGUACAUGGUCAUCCUCCGACUCCAACUGCUGACGACCUCGGCACGCUUCGCUCCUUCUUUGCCCUAUGGAUUCGUCUGCUCUAUUCACCACUGGCGCGUUACUGAGCAAACGUCCUCAAUCAUGCCGUCCUCUCGGGUAUAUGUGCUCCUUGUGAAGAUGGGCCGCAAGUGCAUGGAUGGCGACAGCAAGCUCGGCACAGCAGUCCUUUCUAUAGCAGUCUAUCGCGCAGUGAACAACCGGGCAUGCUUGGAGGCUGGCAAGGGCAAGGAGACGGUUCGCGCUAUCAAAAGAGUCUCUUUCCUUUGGUAUGAGUUCCUUCAUGAAUGGUCGCCGCAAGUCCACUUGCACACAGCCGAAAGUAUCCCCACGUGGGAUACUUCGCGCUAUCAUCCUUCCUUGGAGCGUCCCGGGUCUGGUAAUUCGUUCACCUUCUAA